AUGUCUCCCCAUAAUCAAGGAGAGAGCUCCCAUGCCCAAGAUGACGGGAUAGCCAGAGGCGACCUGCCAACGGCCGGUCAAAGUGCUGAUCAGGGCGCUGCAUCGAAUGAACCUCCAACCCCAGCCCCGGCAAGCGCUGCCGUGGAAGAGGACCUUCUAGACUCGGGUAAUCAGGACUCCCAAGAAACUGGGGACGGCACGGUGGAAUCAUCGACUCUCAGGCAGGACAAGGGAAAGCAGUCGUCGUCUCUUGACGAUUCGAAUGACCUGAUGUCAUCUAUCGCUACGCUAAAGCCGGCUACUUCGCCAACUACCACGACUGCCACCCAGUAUCUCACCAUCGAAUCCCGGACAUACAAAGACCCUACCCCGCCGACGCCGGCCCCUUCUCAACCUCCUUCCCGAGCACCCUCGACGGCAGCAACUUCACGCUCAAGACAUGGAUCUUCAGAACCAUCACCUACUAGGUCUGAUGUUGGUUACGACGAGAAACGAUAUACCAGCGAAGAUGAACAAGAAAGCGGGUCAAGAUCAGAAAUUCAGAGCAUCAUGGAACAGUUCAGCGAGGAAGGCGGGGGUCCAGGGGUAGAAGAGGUCAUGAGUCCACGGCUGGAGAUGGCAUCGCCUCUUCUUGGAAGCCCAAUGUCUCACCCACCACGGAAAUCAAGCUUGGAGCCUCUCACUCCUAGUCUUGCUCAGCAGUUACAAGAAGGUAUACAGGGGCUACGCAUAUCAGGGUCGUCACCGUCAGACACACGUGGGAAGGACAAGGAAGACUUUGGACCGCCUGUUCCGCCAAAGAACGAUUCAAUGUACCCCGCCAGUCCAGGGCGUUCGCAGGAUGAUCUUCGAGGCAACGUGGACUCGCCAAUGUCGCCGAGUACUCUCCAUCGCCCUCCACCCCCAGAGCCCGAACCUGAACCGACGUUGCCAUUUGAUUUCCACCGAUUCUUGGAACAGUUGCGCAAUAAGAAAGCCGAUCCUGUUGCCAGAUAUUUAAAGUCUUUCUUGUCCGAGUUUGGAAAACGGCAAUGGAUGGUACAUGAGCAGGUCAAGAUAAUUAGUGAUUUCCUCACAUUUAUCGCCAACAAGAUGGGCCAGUGCGAGGUCUGGCGCGACGUGUCCGAUGCCGAAUUUGACAAUGCCCGCGAAGGCAUGGAGAAACUUGUCAUGAACCGCCUUUACAGCCAGACCUUUUCGCCCGCGAUUCCACCGCCACAGCCAAUCCCAGGAGCGAAGCCAAGGAGACGUGGCGGGGAGCGCCCGAUGGGCCCUGGACGGCGGGGACAGCACCAGGAGGAUGUUGAGCGUGACGAGAUUCUUGCUCAAAAGAUCAACAUCUAUAGUUGGGUACGAGAAGACCACUUGGAUAUUCCACCUGUUAAUGAAAGUGGCAAGCGGUUCUUGAAGCUCGCUCAGCAAGAGUUGUUGAAGAUCAAGUCGUACCGGGCGCCGAGGGACAAGAUCAUUUGUGUAUUGAACUGCUGCAAAGUCAUAUUCGGCUUGCUUAAACACGCAAAAUCCGACUCCUCGGCUGACUCGUUUAUGCCCAUGUUAAUCUACGUUGUCCUUCACGCAAAUCCCGAGCAUCUUGUUUCCAAUGUCCAGUACAUCCUAAGGUUCCGCAAUCAAGAAAAGCUUGGUGGCGAAGCCGGGUACUAUCUUUCUUCGUUGAUGGGAGCUAUUCAGUUCAUCGAGAACAUGGACCGAACGACAUUAACUAUUACUGACGAGGAAUUCGAACAAAACGUCGAGGCUGCUGUGUCUGCCAUCGCCGAGAGGCACCGUGCCGAGUCUCCACCACCUCCUCCGCCUCAGUCUGAGAAGUCUUCAGCAUUGAAAGCACCAUCUGCGGGUCGUGUUUCAGCUGACACGGACGCGUCUCUUCGUCCAGAUACCCCACGUCGUUCUAUGUCGUCGAACGAAGGCCGUGAUAGCGGUGAAUACAGCGGGAAUGAUGAAAAGGCGGCCAUCACCGGCCUUCUCCGGACGAUUCAAAGACCACUCAGUACCAUAGGCCGCAUCUUCUCGGACGAGCCCUCGUCUUCGGAACCCAGUACGAGCAUUGCCUCGCCAGCUCGGACGCCUAUGCCAGAGAGACCUGAUGGUGAUGCCCGUCGGCAAAGGCUGUCUGCCGAGGAGGCAGCUGCUCGGCAAGCCAGUGCCGAGACAGCUGAGGCUCAGCGGCUACACCGAGCAGAACAUGCCAAUAUCGUCGAGACGCUGGCUGGCAUGUUUCCAGAUCUUGACAAAGAUAUCAUCAGCGAUGUCGUUUACCAAAAGGAGGGAAGGGUUGGGCUGGCGGUUGAUGCCUGCCUUGCUUUAUCGUCAUGA